ACAUACAUAAGUAAAUUUCAGUGAGUGAAUAUGGAGAAAGUAUCAAUUCAACAAAUCUUUUGCAAGCUGUGUUCUUUGCUACCUUUUGUUCUUGUUCUUGUUCUCUUUUCACUCUUAUACUUCUUUUCAGUUUCUGAUUCCUUUCCUCAUUCUCUUCUUACAACACUGGUUGCUCUUUUCACCACUUUGUUUCUUGUCACAUUGACAAGGACAAAAUGGUCCAUAGAUGAAAAGAAUCUAAUCCAAGAUGUUACUAAAGAAAGUGAAAUCAAUGCUGAUGAGAAGUAUGAAGAACAACAUGCAGAUCAAGAUUCAGAAAGUCAAAGUACAAUUAGUUUUGAGAAUGAUCAAGAAAGAAGUGAAAAUUAUGGCAUGAUUUCUAAUAGUGAUGUUGAAGAGGAGGAGGAAGAGGAAGAUAGCUUGAUUGAAAUCAAACUUCCAAACAGGUACUUGGUUGAGGAACCUAAGCAAAAAUUUGAGUCUAAUUUGACAGAGUUGUUCUUGCCAGAAUACAUGUUCAAGCAGAAGGGUCUAAUGGAUCUAUUAGAAGAAAUCAAUGAGAUAAAUGAGGAUGAAAAUUUAAUUGAGAUUGAUAUUUCAAUGGGAUCUACCAAAUGUCAAGAUUUUAGAGUUAAGAAGGAAUUGGCAUAUUAUGGAGCAGAUCAAUGUGUUCUUAGUGAUUGAUAGAGAUAUUUCAAUCUUAUGCUGCCAUUAUUUCAGGUCUUGUUGUGUAGCAAAUUUUGUUUUCUACUUCUAUUCUAUUAACUUGAAACUCAAUAUUA